AUGGAGGAUGGAACAGAGCAGACGAAUUCCGCAGUUGAUGAUUGGCAUUCGAUUCAAGUUAGUGAAGGCAUUGUGGAUGGUUCAGUAGAUGUUGAUGGAUCUUCAUCAAUUACAGUUGAUCAAGAUUUGGUUGGUUUGGUAGUAAGUAAUGCUGAUGAGGCUUUUGAGGUGUAUAACAGUUAUGCAUAUACACUUGGUUUUAGUGUGAGGAAGGGUCAUCAACGAUACAAGGGAUCUUCGAACACAAUUCAAAUGAAGAAAUUUUGUUGUUCUAAGGCUGGUUACAAGGCUAACAGUGGGGUUAAGGCUUAUUCCAAAAUUGACACAAGGACAGGGUGUGGAGCGUUUGUUCAAUUUGACGUGGGUGAUGAUGGGUUGUGGACAGUUACGAAACACGAGAAAGUGCACAAUCACGAGUUAUGUGUGUUCAACAAGAGUCAUCUACUUCGUUCACAUAGGAGUGUCGGAGAUAAUCAGCUCUUAUAUUUACAAGGUUUGAAGGACAGUGGUGUUGCAUUGGCAGAUGGUAUUAGGAGGAGGCAGUCUACCGAGACUGAUUUUUUCUUUGAUUUUGAACUUGACUUGGAUGCAAGGUUGUGCAGUUUUUUUUGGAGGGAUGGUCAAAUGAGACGAGAUUACGAGGUGUUUGGGGACUUAUCAAUGGGUGGCAAGUCUCCACAGACUAUUAUGACAGAUCAAUGUGCAGCUAUGGCUGCUGCUAUAUCUAAAGUGUUUCCAACAUCACGUCAUCGUCUUUGCAUAUGGCAUAUCGGUGAGAAUUCAAAGAAGCAUAUCAAGACGUUAAGGAGCAAUAAGGAUUUCUUGGAUAUGUUUAACUACGUGUUGAAAUACACAGAGACCGAAGCUGAAUUUCAAUUCUAUUGGACAAGGUUGGUGACUGACUAUAAAUGUCACAAGAAUACUUGGUUAGAAAAGCUAUAUGACUGUAGGGAGAAGUGGUGUCCAGCAUUUAACAAGGACUAUUUUUCUGGGGGCAUUCUAUCAUCACAAAGGAGUGAAACUACAAAUCAUUCGAUUUUUCUGGGGGCAUUCUAUUCAUCGUUUGUAAGCGUAAUUUCUGAAUGGAGAAGUAAAGAGAACGGUGAAGACUUUCGGUGUGCUCAAGGGGUACCCGCUAUGAUGAUGGAGCAUGUGAAACUUCUUUCACAUGCUAGAGAGGUAUACACGAUUGAGAUAUAUUUUCUGUUUGAGGAACAAUUCAUGAAAGGCAGUGCGUGUCAUCAAGAGAUGGUGUUGAAUGAUGGCCGUCAACAGAAGUAUCACGUGUGGCGGCCAGAUAUAGAUAUUAUAAGGCAUGAGGUUAGUUUUAACGCAGCCAACUUGGACAUUUCUUGUAGUUGCAAGUUGAUGUCUGAGUUGGGAAUUCUAUGUUGUCAUUGUAUACGCAUUCUUCACGUACAUUGUGUUUCUAGUAUUCCCGACAAAUAUAUACUUAAAAGAUGGACUAAAAAGGUUAUUGAUGGUAGGAAUGUCAACAUUGAUUCUAUGGUUUAUAAUGUUGGUGUUCCUCCAUCAAUUUGGGUGUUCGAUAUUAGUAGAAAAUUUCAAAGAUUAGUUGUGUCUAGUCAAGAUAGCAGCGUAGCGAGGAAACUGUGUGACGAGGCUGUUGAUGAUGUAAAGAAAAAGGUUGAAGCCGAGGUUGGGCAUGUGCAUAUUGAAGAGUGUGGUGUUUCAUCUUCAAGUGGUGGUGUUCAAAAUCCUUCAAGUCGGAGAUUGAAAGGUGAGCGUAACAAAAGGAGGAGUGGUGUUAUUGAAAAGAAGUACAGUCUUGCAAGGGGGAGAAGGAGUGCUGCAAAUAAAGCUGCAUUGAGUACAAAGGGUGCUGUUCAGUCUUUGGUGUUGGAAAACAUAUCCAAGCUUGCUGGGGAUGGAUACCUUGUACAUCCAAGUUCUUCAAGUUCAGAUUUUGUUCAGUUUAGUAAGGGUUUAGAUGACAAUGUAGGUGUAGAUUGA